AUGACUACGUCUCUGCCAUCAGGAUACACACUUACAACCGCGACGUGGCAAGAUGGCCAAACUGUCACACAGACCGUUGCGAUUCCCCCAACCACACCGCCUGCUCUGGAUGUGGCAGGCUCAUCGUCGAAUGCGACUUCCUCGGGAGCAACUACAGCCGGAGCAUCUACACUUAUAACCGGCGCUUCGACGACUUCAUCCCCGACAGCUGCGAAUGACGCUAGCGAGACAGCAUCACCUACAUCGACAAACAAGUCAUCAUCUUCAGGAGUAUCGACGGGCGCGAUUGCCGGAGCUUCCGUAGGUUGUCUGGUAGCCGGCCUCAUCAUCGGUGGUCUCAUCGCCUUCUUGCUUCUCGGACGAAAGAAGCGGAAGAGUGGAAGAUACUCGCCUCACAGUUCCGACACGGGGCACAUCAUCGUCGGCCCAGAGUCCAAGGCUUUGGCUUCUUCGCCACCCGCUGGUCACGGCGAUAACAUCCAGAUCGACCAGUUCCUUCUCGACGCGACGCCGGACAAGGAGUUGGCCGGCGAACUGCAAUCUCUCGGGGAGCUUGUCCAGCAACAUGUCGAGAACAGCUACCAUUCCAACCCGGUUCAAAUCGAUCCCCACGCUCUUGCUCCCAGUCUUUCAAACUUGGGUUUGGGAGAACUAUCCAAGCUCAGCACGGAAGAAAUUGCUUCACUCUGCAUAGACCCGAAGACCAGACAGGCUGGUCUCCAACACGUCGUUUCUCUCGCGGUCUUUGGAAGCAUAGACUUCAAGGCGAAGAGCCGCUACUCCAUGCUGCCAGGACCGAUUGCGUCUUUCCUCCAGUCCAUCCCACCAGUCGAGUCGCGUGGAGCAACUACACUGGCUCUGUCACAAUGGCGAAGUCUAUCGGCCUUCCUCCUUCACCCAAAUCGCAGUCAGCGUAUUCACCUCUCUCCAAACGAGUCGGAGGCAUCUCCCAAAGCACAGAGCCUCGCCACCGCACUCAACGCAUGUCUUCGUCACUUCGUUUCGGCGGAUCAAGGGAGUCAGCGUCAGCAGCUGGACCACCUGCAGGCUGUGAUCCUGGAAUGCACGAAGCUCGGCUACGAGAUCGUGUCUCAGCCCAGUGAUUGGCGCUUCACUUACAAGACCGAAGAUGCAGGUGUGUCGGGUGUGCGACCUGUCGUGGUAUGUCCGGGACUGGACAAGGUCACCAGUAAAGACGGCAAGAUGUACAGCUCCCCUCGUCGCGUGGUUGCACCUGUUGUAACACAGGUUCCCCGCCGCAUGGAUCCCAUCACCAGCUCCGUGUCUGCUCUCCAUGCGACCUACCAACUCAUUCUCUUCAGUGUCGACGUCGACCAGGUCCCAUCUCAAGUCCGCCGCAGUCUCGAACUCGUCCAAACAUGCCACCGGGAUCUUCAACAUCUGAUCGAAAUCCGGAACGAAUGCCUGCAUCUGCUCGAAAAGACGCCCAUCGUACUCAACCGCGUGAACGAAAUCAUCGCCGCUGCCGACAAAGGCCUCAUCGAGGUGUGUCAGAUUGUCGAAAAGUGCCGACCUGACGCCAACAACGGCAAGGUUCCUUUCAAGAACCGUGUCGGAUGGGUCUUGUUCGAUUCGAGGGAGUUUAGAGCACAGGAACCUGUGAUCAGCAGACACCAUGCAGCGGUGCUGUCGGAGUUGAACUUCCUGAGACAAACCGCGCUUCUGGCACCGCAACUACAGCAACAGAAGCCGGCUAUCACCACUGAGAUCAAGAAAGAGACCGAGAUCUUUGACAACGUCACCCUUCUCGGUGGCCUCAUGGGAGAAAUGGCGUUCUCAGGUAUGGCUAGCCGCAACCUUUUCCCCAGGUUAUGCUUGCUUGCUGUCAAUACUUCUAUGAUCAUCUAA